UGUAUUAAUGUAGGUGGAUGAUAUGAAGGGUUUUCGAGACCUUCUAAGGGUUUCUGUGAAGGACUUCAAUUUCGUCUUGGAGAAGGUGGCUCCACACAUCACAAAGAAGGACACUCACCUAAGAAAGGCCAUUAGCCCCAAGGACAGGCUUUCUGUCACGCUACGGUUUUUGGCAACAGGUGAAACCUUCAACUCGUUAAGUUUUCAGUAUCGAAUUGGAAGCACAACACUGAGCAGGAUUGUUAUGGAGACCUGUGCAGCCCUAACUUCUGUACUACGUGACAAAUACUUAAAGACACCAACAACUGAGUCAGAGUGGAAGGCCAUUUCCAAAGAUUUUGCUGACAAGUGGAACUUUCCACACUGCUUAGGGGCUGUGGAUGGCAAACACAUCUUCAUUCAACCCCCUGCCAAGACUGGAAGCAUGUUUUACAACUACAAGUCCAGGUUUUCCAUCAUACUUAUGGCAGUAGUUGACGCCCAAUACAGGUUUGUGUAUGCAAGUGCAGGAACCCAGGGCAGAGUGUCUGAUGCUGGUGUGUUUGCCCAGUCGGACCUGAGAGUUGUUAUGGACGCUGGCCUACUGCAUGUCCCCCCUGAUGAUACCCUUCCCAACACUGAGGUCAUGAUGCCCUACAUGUUCAUCGGUGACGAGGCCUAUCCACUGAAAACGGAUCUCAUGAAGCCCUAUCCUUUUCGAAACCUGACCACAAAUCAAAGGAUUUACAAUUACCGUCUUUCCAGGGCACGCCGUGUUGUUGAAAAUGCCUUUGGAAUUUUGGCAAAUCGCUUCAGAGUUUUUAGAACAACUAUUUGCCUGAAUCCAGACAAAGUUGUGACCAUUCUCUUUGCGUGUCUUUGCCUGCACAACUUUUUACGCAACCAGAGAUCUGAUGCCUAUGUGCCACCCGCCUAUGUGGAUUAUGAGGAUGCCAACCAUCAGCUUAUUGAAGGGGCAUGGAGGAGAGAGGGAGCGCUACAGUCUGCAUCAACAGGAAGAGCAAGAAAUCCCUCUGUGGAAGCCAAGGAGCAACGAGACACACUUUGCCAAUACUUUGUUUCACCUGCAGGGAGUGUUUCAUGGCAGGAGGAUAUGGUGUAG